UAUAAACAAGCAACAUCAUCAUCUACAGUUUGCGAUUUAUAGCCGGGGGACCGCAAAGUUUUUUCACACUUUGAGGAAGGAAUUAGGACAUCUUUUGCGCGUGAGAGAACGCGCGCGCACGCGAGGGAGGGAGAGAGGGAGCAUAUGAAAACGUCGUAAGUGAAGGGAAGUCAGGGUGCAGCAGCAGCACGAUUUCUGCCAUGGAGUGAAAGGAGGAAACCUCCUCUUCGGCGUCGCCUGCAUGCAAAUGCACCCGACCGGGAUAGAAUAAGGCUGGUUCACCACGCUCAGGUGGAACCGCACCAUUGACUUGGAGUGGAGCGGUGCUUAUCCUCGAACUUAAAGCAGCAAGACACCGUCGCUCAGAAUCUUCCAGAUCGCACCCAAAGGCUCAUACAGGUGACAAGUGUGCCCAACUUCACCGCACCGGCCGUGCUGACGCGCACAGUGCGUUUGUCCAGAGGCUGCUCGCUGCGUGAGACCCGCCGCUCCUCUUCUGACAUUUCGCAGCGCUGCUGUGCACAUGCAGACUGUGCGUGUGUGGCAGCGUGACGCAUUUGCGCCUUUAGAUUUGAUUUAUUUAUUUUUUAAGAGUCUGGAGUGUCGCGUUUUCGGACAAGUUUGGGUACUGAUCGGAAUGAUCGUCAUGUCCGCAUGGGAUAACUUGCGCGUCUCUCUGUAGAGUGACACAGAGCUCGGCUCGGUGCUGAAGUUGGUUGGGAAUAAUAAUAACAGUACGUAGCGCAGAGGACGAAAGAGGACGAAACGGCUGAAUUUACUGCCAGCAUCGUCAUCUCCGUAAGCAUCCAAGUGAAUUCCAGCUCGUGAAAGCACAGCUGCGUAAACUUGGCCAGAUCUGGUGACAUUGUAGCCUGUGUGUGUCUGUGUGGGUUUGUGUGUGUGUGAUGAGCAGCCUGGAUGGAUAUGCGGCUCACCGAGGGAAUUUGAAAAGCAAAGGGGGAUUACUAUCGGUCCCUCUUGUGUUAUAACCUCAAAAUGGAUGCCCACGUCAGGCUUUGGAGAUGCAACUGGAUUAGCCACUCUUCCGCUGAUCUGCUUGACAUCUGAGCGGCACAAGUGUUCAAAGUUUGGAUAAUCUCAAAGGCUGAAGGUGUAGAAUGCAGUCUGGAGUGAAGACGCUCUCCGCAGGUGGAGGUGCGUCACUCUGCUGCCUACUGCUCCUCUGGCUCAUCUACUCCCAUCUGCUCAGAGAGGGCCAGUUGGCGGUGGGAACCUGCGAGAUAGUGAUGCUCAACAGAGACAGCAGUGUUCCCAGGCGGACCAUCGCCAGGCAGACAGCCCGCUGCGCCUGCAGGAGAGGCCAGAUCGCCGGCACCACCAGGGCGAGGCCGGCCUGCGUAGAUGCGCGAAUUGUUCGCAGCCGUCAGUGGUGUGAGAUGGCUCCCUGCAUGGAGGGGGAGGUCUGCAGCCUCCUGUUCAACCGAUCCGGCUGGACCUGCACCAGGGGCAGUGGUCGCAUCAAGACCGUCACGCCUUUGCCCAAGGAGCCGUCGUAGGAUGCAGAGGAAAAACAGCAAGUUCAUUGACAUCUAUGUUACUAAAGAAACCGAGGCCAGUCAUUACACCCAAGAUAUGUUGUCCAUUCACCAAUGAGGCUCCCAAAACUUACAUCGGCUCUGACCUUCAAUAAUAAAAAAUAAAAGAUAAAAUAACCCACAACAUCUCCAGUCACCGCAGUGAGAGACCUGACACGUCUGAAAACUCCACGAGGGCAGCAUGGUAACAACAUCAGCAUUGAACGUUCAUCACACCCAACUUCAUGGACUAAUCAUGGAACAAAAUCCCUGUGAGAAACCCCAGAACAACCAGUGGAAAAUUCACUGAAGGCCUUUCUUUUUUUUCUCUUUUUGUCUGCCACUGCCCAAUCUGCAGGGGACAGCUCCUUGAAGAUUCUUUUUAUACCUUUGUGGCUUGAUUUAGACUUGUCACAAGGCCUUUCAAAAGUCAGCCCCUUCAUCUUCUUUACAAUCGCCGCCAUGAAGCAAUCCAAGGUUAUAUUCCAGCCAAGUUUCUUUAAUGACAGUUCAUUGCUCGAGUCGUGACUUUACAGAGGUUGAGGCAGGCCAUAUUGUCCGUUGGAUUCUAGCUUUUAACACCUUUCUGUCAUUUGGCUGGGUGAGAUUUUUACAAGGCCAUAGCCGCCAAUGUCCCUGCAUACACAUAACGGGACGGACAUUAUGAAAUAGCAUGAAAGUCACAGAAGAGACGACAAAUGAGUUGACUGUCUUUGCUCACUGAAUGGAGAUCGUGAUGGUGAAAUGUGGACAUUUUGGAUGACUUAGCUUAUACCUUAUGUUGUUUGGUUUUUUUAUGUGGUGCCAACAUAGACUAGAAAAGUAGUUUUUGUCAAUGAACCUCACACAUCUUGUAUACACAACCGGGAGCAUUUAGCAGAUGUGGACCCCUGGCUUGUUUUAAUGAUCUAUACUGUGUGUGUGUGUAUGUGUGCGUGGGCGCACGGGUGUGGGUGCAUGUUUGCAUCUGUCUGUGUGUGAAUAUGUGAGUACACGUGUGCUUGUGUGUGUAUGCUUUUCUGUAUGCGUGAGUGGGUAGGAACAUCCAGAGAUACACUGUGAAAUAAGUCAUAUCCGAUGCAUUAUUCAUACUCUUGUAUAUUUUUGGGACACGCCCAGACCAGAGCUCACCAUCUGGCAAAAAGGAAGCAUUUGGGAUUUUACAGAUGUUGGAUCUCAUUUUAAUCCUGGGUUCGCCUUUUCCUUUCUUCCUUCUUGUCUUUUCUUUAGUACAUAGAGAUAUUUAUAUUGGGGAUAAAAUAUAAUUGAAACUGAAAUUGAAACAGUAUUGUCACAUAAGUUAAAAUUCUGUAAUUAAAAUCGAUUUAUGUGUGAUUAAAUGUAUUUCCGAAUCCUUGUCUAAACCGACUAUAUUUUGAUAUGAAAUGUUUUGGCUGGCCAGAUGUGCUAUUUGCCGAGAAAUGCUUGAUAUAUUUAAAAUUAUGUACAUACAUACAUAUAGAUAUAUAUAUCCAACGAAUGUAUUUUUUGUUCUGUGGGUCUUACUCUAAGGAGUUGUAGAGGAGCAGUAGCACAAAAGGCAUCAGUCUGAGAGAAGCAGAAGAAGUGGACACAAUAACAUGAACGCCAGUAAUAUUUUUCCAAAAGAAUACAAAUAAAAAAAAACACAUUCCAAACACAUCAAGCUACAGUCUGCAGAUGAUUAACAUCUCUCCGAGUCAUUUGCAAAAAUAAUAGUCGCCACGGUGAUACUUUACUAGGGGUGAUUGCAGUUGGUUGCAUUAUAAUGUACAGGUGUUCCGGUUAAUGUGCCUGCUCCUUGCUCCCCUUUUUUCAUUUCUUUGUACUACAAAGCCCUGUACAUCUCCAUCUUAAUGUAUGCAUUUGAGGAUAUAAAGAGAGCGUCUGCUCCCAGAAGCUGUG